CCCCGUCUCGGAGACCUGCGGCGGCUCCUCCUUGGACCUUUCUCCGACAGGUCUCGCGGAAGCCUGACUACAUCCCAACCCCACACGCUUGGAAACUAUCCAUCAGGGCUGUUGUGCAUCUUUCCCGUCGUUUUCUUUCUGAAUUUGAACUUCGUUACCUUUUGAUCCUCCGCCGAGGAUACAUUCGAUACAACUGCGACCGCGCAUUCGGCAUCAAUUACCCUGCUCCACGUCGACGUCACCCGAUUUGUCAACGCGCAUCAUCCACUCGACCACCCCCAUCACGAACCCCAUCACGAUCGACGAGCCGAAUAUCUUAUUCAAUGGUUGCUCUGUAAGACAACUCUGGGCAUCAUUCGACAGUGGGAGAAUAGCCUCGCGACGCCAUCUCCGGCCUGUUGCGCUCCGGUAGCCGCCUCAUCCGGCAAAAAUGGCGCCAGUCGUGACGGCCAUCCAGCCGCCUUCUGUCGCGUCCAAGAUUAAGCGUCCUGUGCCCCCCGGCAUUCAGACCAAUGGAGCGAGUUCUAUCCGAUCAUCUCCAUCGCCUUCAAUGUCGACAAAGAAGCCUCCCAACUCUGCGACAACGAAUGGCGCGAAUUCGCAAUCAGCGCGGCCGACCAAUCGCACGCGCCGUGAACAGUCAGCCCAAGGCAGUCGCAUUUCUAGGAACAGUGUAGGACUCCGAUCGGCGUCGCUCGUCGGCGAUACGACAGCCGCGCAGCCUUCGGAGCCGUUACCAUAUAUUGUGACGGAUGAAUACAUCUUGAAGAAAUUCGCAGGCAACGCACCUUCCCUCGUCGUACACAUGCACACAACGCAUUUCCGAUUCGAUCAGCAAGAUGGCAUCUUCCCAUACAAGUCCCCGAUGCGGUUGUUCUUGGAGCACUUGCGCGAGCGCACCGUACCUCAUGAUCUCAUCGAAUACUUCUCAGAAGCGGGUGUUCCUUUCUACGAGGGAUGCUUGAUUGUUCAGGUGCACGACCACAAGUCUGUCGCUCAAUCUAAGGAAGUCCAGCGACCGACAUCGGCCUCGAGCAAAGUUGUGCCAUCCUCGAUUCACAACCACAACCCAUAUAUCGUACCUUCACCAUACGUUCCGUAUCCUAAAGAGUCUCUCGGUGCGCAGCCCGAUGCUGUAUCCACUACACAGGAGGACACGAAACCCAAAACUGCGGAGGAGAAGGAUAAGCAGAGCAUGCCAGCGCCUAGUUUGCCUGGUGAAGGCCAAAAGAGCAAGAUACCCGCAAAGCCAAAGACCUUCACUGUCGUGCUCCACCCUACGCCUGAAAGCCUCCAGGCAGACCUGAUGAUCAAGGCUGCAACACCUCGAGGCGCGGCAGGAAGUCUGGAAGGCACUGGCGCUGUACCCCCAUCAACGCCGAUUACUAUGGUGCCCCCAACUCCUACUGCAGGCAGCAUGCCUCCUCCCGCCAAGAAGCAGAAGCGCGAGCGCAUGGAGCUCGAUGGGAGCAACAUAUAUCAAGCAGAAUCACAGAUCUUGCUUGCUACCAACGCUCCCCUGUUUCUGGAGCCAACAAGGGAUACCGAGGAGACUAUCGCUUUGCUUGAUGCUUUGGCGCACCCCCAACACUCCGACUCGCCUCCUCAACCCAAGACUCGCAAGAGAACCGUCGCAGAGAUGGCUGCGGACGAGGCCGCCGCAGCAGAACAGGAAAGAUACAUGCUUAUCUUGGACGAGCGUCUUUCAUCUGCUGCAAAUGGCACCCAAGGCGGUGCCAAUGGAGCGGACAAGGAAGGCCAGGCUGUUGUGUCUACAUUCGAGCCAAGGUUCGAGCGAUUUAAGGUCAUCGCUGACAUCAAGAGAGAGCACGAGGAGAGGAAGGAGCAAGAGAAGGUUGAAGCGGCCGCGAAGGAACGCCAGCUUGCACAAGAGAAGCAAAAGCAGAUGCAGGAGCAGCAGGCUGUCAUUGCGGCACAGCGCCAGGCCGAACAGGAGAAGAUGCGGCGCGAACAUCAAAUGGCUCAGGAACUCAAAGCUCGCCAAGAACAACAGCAGAGAGAGGCCCAGAGACGGGCUAUGGCUGCACAGGCUGCUGCGAACCAGGCCGCCCAGAACAACCAAAAUGCAGCGGCAAACCUGGCACAGCAGCAGCAGCAGCAGCAGCAACAACAGCAACAGCAGCAGCAGCAGGCGAAUGUUGCUAUGCCAAAUGGCACAUCUGGUGCAAUGCCAAACGGCGUUCCGGCUCAGACCCAGGCACGCUUCUCUCAGGCAUCGCAGCCGCCCGUUUCUCCCGUCGUCAGACAGGGCACACCCCAUAGCAUGUCAUCUCCCAUGCCUGGCGCUGUGCCUAUGCAGCAGAACAACUCUCAAAUGGCCAACAGCCCGCCACGCCCUCCAUCAGCCGUUCAAGGCCACCCACCCAACGUUGGUGGAGUCCCAAUGGCGCACAGCAUGUCUGCUCGCGCCAGCCAGCAGAGUCACCAGGCUGCUACCCCACGCAUCCAGCACGGUACGCCAAACAUGCAGGGAACGCCCGUGCCUCGCACAGCAGUCGCCGCAACGCCUCGUAUGAACCAGGCAAGCCCACCUCCCAACAUGAUGCAGUCAAACUCUCAGAUGGGCCAACACGUCAUGAUGGGUACUCCCGGUGCUAUGCCACAAACUGCGCAUAACCCCAAUAUGAUCGCCGCACAAGUUGCCCAGCAACAACGAGCCAUUCAACAGCAGCAAAUGGCUGCCGCGAUGCAGAAUGGCAUGGGUAACAUGAUGAACGGCAACAUGAACCCCCAGCAGAUGACGCCUCAGCAACAGCAAUACAUGCAGCAGCAAAUGCAGCACAGACUCAUGAUGCAGCAGCAGCAGCAGCAACAGCAACGCGGCAACAUGGGCGGCAACAUGAGCAACAUGAUGAACCAGCAACUGGCGCAGAGAUACGCCCAGCAGCUCAGCCAGAUGGGCGCCAACAAUAUGAACGGUGGCCAAAUGACGCCGCAGAUGCAAGCCCAGAUUCAAGCGCAAAUCCAGGCGCAAAUGAACCCGAUGCAGCGCCAGAUGGCCGGCGGCGGCCAGAACAUGAUGAAUGGCCAGAACAUGAAUAUGCAGGCCAUGAUGCAGAUGCAGCAGCAACAAGCAAUGAACAAUAACAACGCAUUGACGAACCAAGUUAAGCUGCAAGGACAAGCGAUAUACAACAAGCAGAUCGCCAAUCUUGCUGCUAAAUGGGGUGGUGCUGUUGAGAAUAUACCGCCGGAGCAGAUGGAGGCCUUUAAGAGAAACUGCAUGAUGGAGGCAAAGAAUCAGAUUCAGAGCGUUCUUGCCCAACGCAGGGCUCAUCAGGUUAUGAUGCAGCAGCAGCAACAGCAGCAGCAGCAGCAACAACAAAUGCAAGGCAUGGGCGGCAUGAUGGGACCUCAUGGCAUGUAGUACUCGCCCGAUUUCCGACCCUGGUGCUAGUGGGCCCAGCGACUCUUGUAGGGCGCAUGAGCACGCGCCAGACAUGCCGUCGCAAACUGAGUCGGGAUUCAACUGGCAAUGGCCAUCGCCAGUUGAGUCAGGUCUAAUAUGAGACAGGCCGCCACAGAUCACGUUACUGAUCAACGCUGCGGGCCUGUCGAGGGGAGCAAAAUGAAUCAUUAGGAGACUACGGUGUGGACGGAAUGGGUUGUGAGCGUCUUUUACGGUACUUUGGCGUCUGGGGACUUUAGGGACGGAUUGGCUGUUUGAUCUCUCAUGGUCUUAUAUACCCCUACGAAGGCGUACUUACCUUAUCCUUCGAGGUGCGGUUAGGGAUGGACGGCAAUUGCUUUUCAUGGGUCACGGAGGAGGGAAGGGAAUGGUGCAUACCACCAGAGCAGUUCAAGGCUCUGCGGAAGCGAGCUCAUGUAUCAUUUGAUGUACAGAGAAUCAAAUCAGUUUAUCGUG